CGAAAAGAGCGACGUAUACGGUCGCUGUUUGUUUGCCAGGGUGAGUUCGUGCCGAUUAGUGCAGCGUUUGGUGGCCACCGUGUCGAGAUUCGAGAAUCCGGGGGCGACCAUAUAGUGCCAUCGUACAGUGUGUCUUGGUUUCCCCAAUGACAGAGGCUGUUUUCAGUAAUAUGGAAUUCAUGGCUGUUUCAAAGAUCAUUGAGCUUCAUUGCAACGAUUGUCUGUUGCGGCAAUAUGGUGGUGCCACCUGGAGGUGUACUUUCUUCUGUAUCUGUGCACUCUGUGCAGACUGUGCUGUGGGCUGUGGUAAAUCACUUAUCAGCGUCGUGCGUCACCGCGUGAAAAUUCACUGACGGCUUAAGAUUUUUCAUUUGUUACUUGCAAGAAAGUGCUACACAAAUAAAACAAUAUGAAACCCUUAAUGUUGCAUGGGCACGAGCGUGCCAUUACAAAAAUUAAGUACAACAGAGAAGGAGAUCUGCUUUUCUCAGCCAGUAAAGACAAACAGCCCAAUGUAUGGUACUCCUUGAACGGUGAAAGAUUGGGCACAUUCAAUGGACAUAAUGGUUCAGUCUGGUGUAUUGACGUCAAUUGGGAUACCACACGUUUUCUGUCUGGCAGUGGUGACAAUUCACUGAGAAUAUGGGAUUGCACAACAGGGAAAGAAAUUAGCGAAUUGUCAACCAACAGUUCUGUGAGAGCUUGUUCUUUCAGUUACUCUGGUAAUCUUGCUGUUUAUGCAACUGACAAAGCUCUUGGUCAUCAGUGUGAAAUGUUCAUCAUUGACAUUAGGACUCCAGAAAGCGUACUUUCUCAGGAUGACAAUGUUUGCAGGACUAUGAUUGGUGGUUCUAGAAUCUCAUCUCUCCUUUGGGGAGCUCUUGACGAAACUAUCAUCACUGGUCAUGAGAAUGGUGACUUGACCAUCUGGGACAGUAGAACUGGAAAAAAAUUAAGCGAUGCUCAGGGACACAAAGGUCAAAUCAAUGACAUGCAGUUCAACAAAGAUUCUACAAUGUUUGUUACUGCUUCUAAGGAUCACACUGCUAAAUUGUUUGACAGUGAUUCCCUGGUUGCUCUGAAAACUUACAAAACUGAGCGUUUCGUGAACUCAGCUACCAUUUCGCCAAUCUACGAUCAUGUUGUUGUUGGAGGUGGUCAAGAUGCUAUGGAUGUAACGACGACAUCGACCAAACAAGGCAAAUUCGAUGCUCGUUUCUUCCAUCUCGUGUUUGAAGAAGAAUUUGCACGUCUGAAGGGUCACUUCGGUCCCAUCAACUCAUUAUCCUUUCACCCGAACGGUAGAAGUUUAGCUACUGGAGGAGAAGACGGUUACAUUCGUAUCAACACGUUCGACCAGUCUUACUUCGAUUUCCACUUUGAGUAUUAAGGUGUCUAAUAAAAAUAAAAUGUUAUUGUACGAAACGAAAAUGUUGCUAUUCAUUCCUAUGGAAAAAUUGUUAUCCAAUGUUAUAACUGCAUAAUUUAAUGAAAAACAUUUUUCAUGCAGAAAAUCAUGCCUAAAUAUAGU